GCUGAAAACACAGUUCACAAAACAAAACCCUAGGAGAAAGGAACCACAAGGGUUUAUCACUUGUACUCAGCUAAGCACCAAUUUUGCUUCAAUGGGCACUAAGCGAAAAUCAUCAUCAUCAUCAUCAUCUUCAACCCCAAAAUUCCCACCUGAAGAACAAAAGCAUAAACUUGAACUAAGCGAAGAAGAAGAAGAAUUUGAAGAAGUAGAAGAAGUAAUCGAAGUAAUAGAAGUAGAAGAAUCCGAACCCGAGCCCGAACCCGAACCCGACAGUGAAGACGAAUCAACAAAGCGAGAUAACAUCCAUAAACUUCUUUCACCAUUCACUAAAGACCAAAUAAUCAAUCUAUUCAAAACCGGAUCAUCAAACGACCCGUCAAUUCUUUCUCGGGUCAAAACCCUAGCUGAUUCCGACCCGACCCACCGCAAAAUCUUCGUACACGGGCUGGGCUACGACGCAACAUCCGAACUGCUCCUAGACGCCUUUAAACCCUAUGGAGAAAUCGAAGAAUGCAAAGUAAUUACCGAUAAAGUUACUGGAAGAGCUAAGGGUUACGGGUUUGUGUUGUUUAAAACUCGGGUCGGGUCAAAAAGAGCUUUAAAGGAGCCCCAGAAGAAGAUUGGGAACCGAACUACCUCGUGCCAGCUGGCGGCUGCGGGGCCCGUUGGGACGGGGAAUCAAGAUUUUGGUGGUAGGAAAAUUUAUGUUGGGAAUGUGGGGCCUGAUGUAGAUAGCGAAAAGUUACAUGCUUUUUUCGCGAAAUUUGGGGAGAUUGAGGAAGGGCCAUCGGGUAUUGAUGGUGUUAGUAGGAGAUUUAAGGGGUUUGCGAUAUUCGUGUAUAAGAAUGUUGAAGGGGCGAAUAAGGCGUUAGAGGAACCGUUGAAAUCGUUCGAUGGGUGUCAAUUGUUUUGCAAGAAAUUCGUUGAGAAUUUGAAUAAUAAUGCUAGUAAGAGUAAUAAUGAAAAUCAAGGUGUGCAGCAAAAUGAGAUGAGUUAUGGGUAUGGGCCUGCGGGUAUCAAUGCGAUGCCUAUGCCUAUGCCUCUUGUGAUGGGGCAAAACAUGGGAUUUGGAGUGAAUCCUUUGUUGGGAUUUAAUCCUUCGAUUGGAGGGAUCGGUGCUGGUUAUGGUAUAAAUGGAAUUAGUCCGGUUGUUGUAGGUAGUUAUGGUGACCCGGCUUUGCAGGGAUUAGGAACUUACCAGGGUGCACAAAUAUGGCAGCCUUCUUAUGGAGGAACGGCAGCAAUGGCAACAGUAACUACACCUGCAAAGGAUACCUAUCCCUCGUCUUUGGGCCGAUAGGUGCUAUCUCGACGGCCCCGACGUACUAAUACUACGGCUGCCUCUAGCUGUUGAGCAGGUGGGAAACGGCCUGCCCUCACGGAGACGCCAUCCAGGAAUGACACGGUGUCCGAGGAUUAUUUCAAUGAUGAGCCUCGGUUUGGCAUCGAGGUAGUAGAACAAUAUGGUCUAAAUUGGUAUCAUAAGUUCCAACUGUCGGUAAACCCCACUCCGGAAGUGCCUAUUGACCACCAGGUUCUGAUGAACUAAUCAAUGACAUUCAAGUGAGCAUCCUUUCGAUGGGGCUGCAAUCGUUGACUAAUGCACUAGGCUCUGCCAACCUCGACAUGGUCAGAAAAUUUUAUGCAAAUUGGAUACCCAGACUUGACAUGGAUCAAGAGUAUAUUGUCCAGUGCGGGACAAGAGGGUUAAGUUCUAAUACGAGUUAAUCAACAAGUUGAUGCGCUUCCCGGAGGUAUCACCUGCCAGAUUUGAUGUUCUUUUGCAAAGGCCGAACAUCCCCCUUGUUCAUUGGCACCGAAACAGCACGCAACAGGUUGGAAAUUAUACUAGGGUAGAGCAAUCUCCCCUUUCCCUCAUUCCGAACCCGUGCUAUCUCAGACAACAUAAUUUUCCCAUAUUCAAUGGCAUACGGGUUAAUAGGGCAUAAAUCAGACAAACUUCGGGUUUCGACACUUCGGAGUCAUUCUGAGUUGGCAAAAUCUUGCAAUUCACAAAACGCAGCAUUACCUUAGCCUCAAGGUUGAAAUUUACACGCUUCAUGUGCUUGUGUCGCCCAUCCGCAUCACCGGACCAAGGCGACCGUGGAAUUGUGCCCAUAAAGUCUGUGACAAAUGGCCAUAUAAUUCGGCUUUCGCAAAAAAGCAUCAAAUCUAGCCGGUGACCCAUCAGGAAAUGUAUAAACUGGUUGAUUGCCUUGUGUAAGAACUUACCCUCUUGCCGGGGCGCUGGACAAUAUACUCUUGAUCCAUUACAAAUCCGUGUAUCCAAUUCGCAUAGAAUUCUCUCACCAUGUUGAUGUUUGCCGAGCCUAGUGCAUUAGUCAAUGAUUGCAGCCCCAUCGAAUGGAUGCUCACAUGAAUGCUAUUGAUCGGACUUGGUAGUCAAUAGACACUUCCGGAGUGUGGUGGUUUACUGAUGGUUGGAACUUAUCAUACCAUAUUGUUCUAUUUCGUUGAUGCCAAGCCAAGGCUCAUCAUCGAAAUAAUCCUCAGACACCGUGUCAUGCCUGGAUGGUGCCUCCGUGAGGGCAGGCCGUUUCCCAGCUGCUCGACAUCGGGGUUUUCGAGACAUAGCACCACCUACAUAAGAAAGAACUCACUGGCAUGUCCACAUUCAGACGACCCCUCAUAACACACAAUACAUGCCAUCACAGUAUUAUAACAAUGCCUCCGCCCUUUAUCAUUUGCUGAUAAUGCUUUUCUUUCAAUGCAGACGCGAUAUGUUGCUGAUAAUGCUUUUCUCCAUGAUAGUUUUCCUUCUGUUGCGCAGUGACUGGUUAAUUUUUCUUGCGCUAGACUUACGAGUUGUCACAUGGCUUUUGAAAAUAUAAGCUAUUUUUGUUUUUCGUACAAA